UAAUUUUAAUCUCAGAUUUGCGUAUAUAAACCUAAAGCUAGCGACGUAGACACACUUAUGCCUUCACAGCAUAUGACGUCAAUCAUGGAGAGACCAUUAGUUUUGCAUUUUGCGUUUUGGCUGUGCAGUUUGGUUUUCCUGAGUGACAAUUCCAAUGGACAGAUUCAACCGUCAACUAUGACUUUGCACUCUUCGGGGUCCAACGUAUGUACCUACAAAUACCAAGUGGGCAGCACGGACAACUACGGAAGAGUGACUUACACAACACGGUACCGGUGUUGUGAUGGUUGGAGGAAGCACAACGCAUUUUCUGUUCAGUGCAUGGUCAGAGCUAAGUGCAGUGGGGAUCAAUUUGCUUGUGACAAUGGCCGGUGUGUGCAUAAAUCUUACAUUUGCAACGGGAAUGAUAACUGUGGAGACGGUUCUGAUGAACGGAUGUGUGGUGAUUGUCCCAGUGGUUACUUUCGCUGCUCUAAAGACGACAUGUGUCUUCCUCGUCGUCUAUACUGUGACCAAAUCCCGGACUGCGGAGGGUCCAGAAGUGAAAUGCCCGAAGAUGAGAUGAACUGUGGAACUAUUGUUCAACUGACUGCACCUACAAAUACAAGUCGCUUCGGUCACGUGUACUCUGGUGUGGUAAGCGUGUGGCACAACAGUGGUUGGGGGUCACUUUGUGAUGACUACAUGGACAUAAAUGAUGCACAGGUUCUCUGUCGUCAGCUUGGGUUUAAGAACGUCACGCGGUUCUUUACAAGUGCAAAACUUGGACAAAUGUCUUUAAGUUAUCCCGUGUGGCUGAGGGGUCUAAAUUGUGAUGGAAAGCCUCUUCCACAGUUCCAUCUUAUCGGCAAGAGAAGAGAAGAGGCUGUCAUCCCAUGA